AUGCAUCUACAACUCUUAACGCUUGCCUCCCUGGUCCUUGGUCUGUCACGCCCAGCACGGGGAGCCAGCAAGCUCAUUGCGUCCCACUUCUCGAGGUCGCUUUACUCGCUGACCCUCUCCGACACCAACGAGCUUGCGAUCGGUUCAAGUGUUCCGUCCGGCAAUUUUUGGCCCUCAUGGCUGGACCUUGAUACCGAAACCUCAACCCUCUACGUCCCAGAUGGAGCAUUUUGGUCUGCACCUAAUGGGCUUACGACCUUCACAGUCGAAGCCGAUGGAAGCCUGACGCCCGCUGAGGCCUCGAUACAGACCCUUUCUGAUGGUGGUGAAGUACACAGCACCCGCUACGGCGGAGUGGACGGCAAGAGCUUCAUCGCAAUGGCACAUUAUGGCACAGCACGAAUCGUGACUCGCGCCCUGCCCCUGACGCCGACAUCACAGCCACUUCAGCAAGUCACAUUUACCAUCCCCGCUCCGGGACCGGAUCCCCGUCAAGAUGCACCUCAUCCCCAUGCCGUGUUCACGGAUCCGACAGGCGCGUUCCUCCUCACAGCCGACCUUGGUGCAGAUCGCAUUCAUGUCUUUGCCAUCGACGCCGAGACGGGGCUUCUCACUCAAUGUCCUGCAGGAGAAGCCACACCAGGAGAUGGGCCCCGGCAUGGGGUCUUCUGGAGUCCUUCGAACGAUACUGAGGUCAGCGUCCUCCUCACUAUCAACGAGCUUUCGAACAGCGUCACGUCAUGGGAAGUUACCUACGAGGGAGGAUGUCUCGGUCUGCAGCAGAUCAAGUCCCUUUCCACACUGCCCGACGGUGUCGUGCCACGUAUGGGAGCGAAAGCGGCGGAGAUCAGGGUAAGAGACAAUUUCGUCUACGCAUCCAACCGCAAUGACGGCUCUUUCGGGGAGAAAGAAGAUUCUAUCGCACUGUAUGAGAUUGGUCUCAACGGUGAGGGACGAGCUGAGCUGCGGUUCGUAGAGAUCGCGUCGGCGCGCUCAUGGUUUCCCAGAACGUUUGACAUCAAUGCUGCGGGGGAUCUGGUUGCUGUGGGAGGACAGACUAGCGCGGAAGUUGUCGUGCUGGAGAGAAACAGUACGACCGGGCGGCUCGGUGCGGCUGUGGCUGCUGUGAGAGUUGGGGCGCUCGGGACACCGAACAAUGAAGAUGGCGUAAGUGCCGUAAUCUGGGAUGAGUGA